GAUGAAACUCUCGCACCCUCUCGCCGCGCUCUCUUCCUUCGCGGAAGGGGAGCAAGACGCGCAGAAAGAGGGAGCGCGGAAGGCGGAGGAGGAGCUGGGGGGAAUCGCCAAGGCGUUCGGCAUUUCGUCGCGCACGGCCGGGGCGAUCUCGGUGUGCAUGGCGGCGGCGGUGCUCAGCUUUCCGCUGGCGAUGGGGUCGGUGGCGCAGGGGGCGGCGCUGAAGACGAAGGCGCUGUCGUACGCGACGCUGCUGUUCGGGUUCUACAUGGCGUGGAACAUUGGCGCGAACGACGUGGCCAACGCGAUGGGGACCUCGGUGGGGUCCGGCGCGCUCACGCUGCGGCAGGCGGUGGUGACCGCGGCGGUGCUGGAAUUCUCCGGGGCGCUGAUGAUGGGGACGCACGUGACCAGCACGAUGCAGAAGGGGAUUCUCGUGGCGAAUGUGUUCCAUGGGAAGGACUCUCUGCUCUUCGCUGGCUUGCUUUCUUCUCUCGCUGCCGCGGGUACUUGGUUACAGUGUGCAUCAUAUUAUGGUUGGCCAGUAUCUACUACACAUUGUAUAGUGGGAGCAAUGGUGGGGUUUGGUCUAGUUUAUGGAGGUGCUGGAGCUGUGUUCUGGGGUUCACUAGCAAGGGUGAUCUCUUCGUGGGUUGUCUCACCGUUGAUGGGAGCAGCUGUGUCAUUUCUUGUCUAUAAAUGCAUCCGAAGGUUUGUGUACAGUGCACCUAACCCAGGACAAGCAGCAGCUGCCGCCGCACCAAUUGCUGUAUUUCUGGGUGUUACCGGGAUUUCUUUUGUUGCCUUCCCUCUUAGCAAGAAGUUUCCUUUAGCACUGGCCCAGGCUUUAGCAUGUGGAACUGUUGGUGCUUUCCUGGUUGACAGAAUCAUCCGAAAACAGCUUGGACAUCUUCUUGUCAAGUCAAACACUCCAGAGCCUGAGCCAAAAGAAGACACUGUCCACCACAAUAUAGGAUUCCUUGACGAUGUUGCAGGUCCAAAGGGUGCUCAACUGGAAAUAGUUUAUGGAGUCUUUGGGUACAUGCAGGUCCUCUCUGCAUGUUUCAUGUCAUUUGCUCAUGGUGGAAAUGAUGUAUCCAAUGCCAUAGGUCCAUUGGCAGGUGCACUAGCUAUUCUUCAAGGCGGUGCUGCAGGAACUGAGAUUGUUAUUCCAACUGAUGUUCUUGCUUGGGGAGGAUUUGGAAUCGUUGCAGGACUAAUGAUGUGGGGCUAUAGAGUGAUAGCUACAAUCGGAAAGAAGAUAACAGAACUUACGCCAACCAGAGGAUUUGCAGCUGAGUUUGCUGCUGCUUCUGUGGUUCUGUUUGCUUCAAAGCUGGGGCUGCCAAUCUCUGCAACCCAUACUCUAGUAGGUGCAGUAAUGGGUGUUGGAUUUGCAAGGGGGUUGAACAGUGUUAGAUCAGAAACUGUGAAGGAGAUUGUGGCUUCAUGGUUAGUCACUAUUCCAGUUGGUGCUGGUCUAUCAGUCCUCUACACUUGGAUCUUGACUAAGAUUUUGUCCUAUAUUUUAUGAGGGUGCGUUCCAAGAUUUGAAACCUUGUGUAUGUGAUUAAUUCAAGUUACUAGCACCAUCUUUGAAAGGAUUGUUUUCUGUGGUACAAAUUGAAGAGAAGAGGAUUGGUGUGGCAGCACAGGUAUCUUGGGUAGAAGGCUCUUAACUCAAUUGGCAAGGGAUGAAUCUUUUAUGUUCGGAUGUCAAUCCUGUGAUUGCUCACGUUCAUUUAAUCUCGGAUGGGAAUUUAAUAAGCAAGAAAAUGAGUGGAGAAUUUAUCAGCUCCAGCAUUUUUAGACAUUUUUCUUUAUCUAGCUAAGUUAAAAAGCUUAGCAAUCCUUAUUGUGUUUAAAGGUUACAGAUUCAGCGAUAUAAUAUUGGUAAAAACCCAACGUCUGUACUUAACAGAUUCAUUUAACCUUUUUGCCUCAUCUCUGCAUAAAAUACACUUGUUGAAACAUUAGUCGAUUAUAGAGCUGUGAGAUUCAAGGGACACUAACCUGUUUAUUCAA